UCUGCUCGACUGGUAGAGAAUCGAGCAUUUCUUAUUCUUAUUGCCCAGAGAAUGGCACUGCUGGUGGUAUUGCCUGGUUUGCUUCUUGCAUGGGCCGUGUGGAAGGUGCUGUACGCGGUGUGGUGGAAGCCAUUGAGGAUUCAAAGGUGGCUGAGGAAGCAGGGAAUCCAUGGCCCAUCCUACCAGCUCUUCUUUGGCAACACAAGGGAGACCAUGAGCGGGUUUUACGAGGCAUGGUCCAAACCCAUGAGCUUGUCUCACGAUAUAGCUCCACGGGUCCUUGCUUACUUUUACCAUGUUGCCAAGGAAUAUGGCAAGGUGAGCGUGGUUUGGUACGGGAGCACGCCUGUGGUUCUUGUGGCGUCGCCGGAACUGGCGAAAGAAAUUCUUGCCAACAAGUCUGGCCACUUCCUCAAGACCCCACCCCCUCCAUCCUUGAGGCCACUGGUCACAGGGACCAUUAUCUAUGAUGGCGAGAAGUGGGCUGCCCACAGGAAGAUUCUUAACCCAGCAUUUUAUCUCGAACAAAUAAAGGGAAUGCUGCCAGCUUUUUCUUUCAGCACUAGUGAAGUUUUAAAGAAAUGGGUCAAGUUAACUGCUGUCAGCGGAUCCUGUGAAUUGGAUGUGUUUGCUGAGAUGCAGACACUCACUGAAUUUGUGAUGUCAAAGAUGCUGUUCGGGAAAGAUGAAGAAAAGGGAAAGCGACUGUUCCAGAUCCAGAAAGAGCAAGCUGAAAGGGGAUUCCAAGCUCUUUGGAAAAUGCAGUUGCCUGGAUCCAGAUUCUUCCCAACAGAGGAAAGCCUAAGAACGCAGAAGCUCCACCAAGAAGCGACGAUCAUCCUGCAAGACAUCACAAGGCAGAGGAUGAAGGAGAUGGAAACUGACGAUGCCAGGAGUGGUGAUCUGUUGACACUGCUAUUGGAAGCAUACAUGAUUGACAAUGAUCCAAACGAACCAGAGAGCUUCAAGAAGGUUGGGAUAUCAAUGGAUGAGGUAGUUGAAGAAUGCAAGGUGUUCUACUUUGCAGGACAGGGGACUACUGCUGUCUUAUUGACAUGGACCAUGGUUGUGCUGGCUAUGCAUCCUGAAUGGCAAGUCCGCGCAAGAGAAGAGGUUCUUCGAAUAUGCGGAAACGAAAUUCCGACAUUCGACGUCUUGAACCAGUUAAAAAUGGUUACCAUGGUUCUGUGUGAAGUUCUGAGGUUGUAUCCUCCAGUAGGAAUGUUGGGAAGAGAAGCAUCCAAGAAGAUGAAGGUGGGGAAGUUUGAAAUCCCUGCUGGAGUGCAGCUGUUAUUACUUACUCAGUUAAUUCAUCAUGAUCCUGAGCUUUGGGGUGAUGACUCAAAAGAGUUUAAGCCAGAAAGAUUCUCCGAGGGUGUCGCAAAUGCCUCCAAACAUCAAUUCGGCUUCUUACCAUUUGGCUGGGGAUCGAGGGUCUGCAUUGGUCAGAACUUUAGCAUGGUUGAGGCAAGGGUGGUGCUAGCCAUGAUUCUGCAACAGUUUUCGUUUGAGCUCGCUCCUUCCUACAGUCAUGCACCUUCCCCCGUUUUAACUCUUCAACCUCAAUAUGGAGCCCAUCUCAUCUUGCAUAAAAUCUAGCGUCAUGAGAUGCGUAUAUUAACAUCUCACGGCUGUGAGUAUCCAAGAUAUCAGGGCUUCGUUUGUGUGUUCUCGCCUGGUUGUCGAAUAAGGAAAGCUUGGCAUUCCAAGUGUUUGUGUCCUUAGUUGAUCUUCUUGUCUGAUGAAUUGUAAUAAUUAAUUUGGAGGGCAAUGUCAGCAGUUUCUAGCAGACAAAUUAAACACGCAGUUGAAUGUUU